UUACUGCAGAUGAAGAUUCGAUUGGAAGCAGUCUCGAGUGUAUAGCUCUGAGCUUUAUCCAAACACCAAAUCUGAACAGUGACAUUUCACUGUAAUUCUGCUACAUGAAAGGAUUUAUACCCAGAAUACGUAUGUAAAAAACAAACAUGAAUUCAUUAUUUAUUAUGUAUCUAAAGAGUCUGGAAUCCUUUUCUACACAUUCUUUGUGUGUGAGAGAGAGCAUGCACACACGGCUAGGGAAGUAGGGGUUCUGAGCGUGUUGCAGCACCCCCUGAUGAAUCCGAAUUUCAAGUUGUGGGGGGGAUAUAUAUAUAUAUAUAUAUUUAUUUAUUUUCUUACAAAAGUAGUGCACUAGGACUUUACUAAUCCUGUAUGAGAGUACCAAAAAAUGUAAGCACCCCCACCCCUAAACAUCUUCCAGGGCCACUCUUGCAAGCCUGUGUGCAAUUGUUGGGGGUUGUUAAUCAAGCGGAGGUGGAUGGAGUGUAGAGUAAUAUGACUCACACCCAGGAUGGUAAUGGUGUGGGGUUAGUGACUAUAAAAGAUGGACCAGUAGCAAACAGACCACAAGAAGCAUCACGGGAUAGUGAGGUACCUAAUGACAUCCUAUUGAAGUCUACAUUGACAAGAGAACUCACUGAACAGCAUAGCAUCUCAGAACACACCUGCACCAGGACCACACACACUGUAGUGUAACUUUAGUUAAUCUCUCUCACAAGGAAACCAGCUCUAAACUGAAAAUGUUACCAAAGCUUUCCUUUGUCAUCCUUGUGUGUGUUGGUACUUUGUUAAUGUGUACAAGCACUCAAAGCCUAUCGCGAGACAAUGGGAUGAAACUGUGCGGCAGAGAGUUCAUAAGAGCCGUUAUCUUCACGUGCGGCGGGUCCCGUUGGAAACGGUCCUUAGAUGAAGACUUGGAUCUCUUCCAUGUCAGAGAGGGCGAGGACAGUAGACUCAACUGGCCUCAUGGUCUGGACCAGGCCACAGUAGCAGACCACCCUCUCCAGCUCUCCUCAUCCCCCACCUCCCUGGCUGAACUCCUCUCACUCCUGGGUGGAGUGGGAGACCAUAGGGGGUCCGCGGCCAACCUCGACCCCAGUGAAGAGCUCCAGAAUCAUGCAUCGGUGUUGGGAGGAGUCGGGGGAGCCAGAGAGCUGGCCAGGAGCCCAAGCAUCAAUUGGCAACGCCGCAACAGGCGAAAGAGCAACUUUUCCUUGGGCGUAGCUGGCAUGUGCUGCAACCAGGGUUGCACUAAGAAUGACAUUGGGCGUCUGUGCUGAGACUGGGGCAGCUGAGACAGCUGGGGCACCAGGAUGGUGGAGGUAGAGCUGCCCGAGCCUGGGUUUAUCUGACCAAACACCUCUCUGUGUUAUUUGAGUGUGGGUGAAUGGUUAGCUGUUUUCUUUUCAGUGUUUGACUAGGUCCUCGGGACCCCAAGGAGUGCACGUUUGGGUUUUACCCUAGCACUGCACAGCUAAUUCAAAUAAUCAUCAAGCUUGGAUCAUUCAAAUCAGCUGUGGGGUCCCGAGGACCAGGUUUGGGAAAUGCUGGGUUAGCUGUUUAAAUGGCUUUGUACGCUUUUCUGUAUAAUGUGCAAGGCAAAUAGUUUGCAAUUGCAGUUUGCAUGCGUUAUUGUUUCAAAUGUUGGUUUCAUCAUUAAAUUAAUUACUGAAGCAAGA